AUGAAGUGUUUCAAAGGAGGUGACGAUGCGAUGACGGGAGACACAGACAAGUAUCUGGCGCCCCAGGACUUGAGGGAGCUGGGGGACGACUCUCUGCCUCAGGAGGGGUACAUGGGCUUCAGCGUUGGGGCGCGGUCACAAAGUCCUAAAGUCAGUUCUGAUAGGUCCCACACUCUGAACCGCAGCUCCUACACCAGGGACAGCAUGAUGAUCGAGGAGAUGCUGGCCAACAGGGAGCAUUUGUCUGUGGCUAAGGACUGCGACAACGACUCAUUGAGGAGAUACAGCUGGGCGGCAGAUGCCCUCGAUAACGUGAAUCUUGUGUCUUCGCCGAUCCACUCUGGUUUUUCCUCUCCGCUCCCGCAGUACGACAGCAGGUUCCUGGUCAGUUUCAUGGUGGAUGCCAGGGGCGGGUCCAUGAGAGGAAGUCGUCACAACGGCAUGCGCAUCAUCAUCCCGCCCAGGAAGUGCACCGCGCCCACCAGGAUCACCUGCCGAUUGGUCAAGCGGCACAAGUUGGCAUCCCCUCCCCCAAUGGUGGAAGGGGAGGGGCUGGCCAGUCGCCUGGUGGAGGUGGGGCCGGCGGGAGCACAGUUUUUGGGGCCGGUGAUAGUGGAGAUCCCCCAUUUUGGCUCAUUGCGAGGCCAGGAGAGGGAGCUGAUCAUGCUGAGGAGCGAGAAUGGAGAAAUGUGGAAGGAGCAUGUGUACGACUGUAAGACCGACGAACUCAACCAGGUUCUCAAUGGGAUGGACGAAGAAUUGGACAGUGCGGAGGAGCUGGAGAAGAAGAGAAUAUGCCGCAUCGUAACCAAGGACUUCCCACAAUACUUUGCGGUUGUGUCACGGAUCAGGCAGGAGACAAACCACAUGGGGCCUGAGGGCGGAACGCUCUGCAGCCGGAGCCUCCCAUUGGUCCAGGCCUCUUUCCCAGAGGGGGCUCUGACAAAGAAGAUUAAAGUGGGAUUGCAGGCCCAGCCCGUCCCGGAGGAGCUAGUGCAAAAAAUCCUGGGAAACCGAGCAACAUUCAGCCCAAUAGUGACUGUAGAGCCAAGAAGAAGGAAAUUCCACAAGCCCAUCACCAUGACGAUACCAGUGCCGCCUCUGUCCGGAGAAGGACUCACCAACGGCUACAAGGGAGACUCCACGCCCUGCCUUCGCCUUUUAUGCAGCAUCACAGGUGGCACGUCUCCAGCACAAUGGGAAGACAUCACUGGCACAACUCCGCUCACCUUUGUCAACGACUGUGUGUCCUUCACAACCAAUGUUUCAGCGAGGUUCUGGUUAGCAGACUGCCAUCAGAUCCCAGAGACCGUAGGCCUGGCCACUCAGCUGUAUCGGGAGCUUAUCUGUGUGCCGUAUAUGGCCAAGUUUGUGGUGUUUGCCAAAAUGAAUGAUCCGGUGGAGUCCCGGCUGAGGUGCUUCUGCAUGACUGACGACAAGGUGGACAAAACACUGGAGCAGCAGGAAAACUUUGAAGAAGUGGCACGGAGCAAAGACAUAGAGGUUCUUGAGGGUCGGCCAAUCUAUGUGGAUUGCUAUGGAAACUUGACACCUUUGGCUAAAGCUGGUCAACAAUUACUCCUUAACUUCUAUGCCUUUAAGGAGAAUCGAUUACCAUUCUGUGUCAAGGUCCGAGACCCCAGCCAGGAGCCGUGCGGCCGUCUCACUUUCCUCAAAGAAUGUAAGACCAUAAAAGGACUUCCUCAAACUGCUGUGUGCAAUCUCAACAUCACACUUCCUGCUGUGAAAAAGGAUGUGGAGUCAGAUCCAGAGGAAGAGACUGAAAAGACAGAGAGACGUCAUACCUUUGCUUCCCUAGCCUUACGUCCACAAAGUCCAUGUGAGAGGACAGACCUCCGCAUGGCCAUAGUAGCAGACCACCUCGGACUCAGCUGGACUGAGCUGGCCAGGGAGUUGAAUUUCUCUGUGGACGAGAUCAACUUCAUCCGAGUGGAAAAUCCCAACUCUCUGACUGCACAGAGCUUCAUGCUGCUAAAGAAAUGGGUUCACAGGGACGGCAAAAAUGCCACAACGGAUGCCUUAACUGCGGCGCUCAAUAAGAUCAGCCGGUUGGAUAUUGUGACUUUGCUGGAAGGGCCCAUAUUUGACUACGGUAACAUUUCAGGCACUCGCUGCUUUGCCGAUGAUAACGCAGUAUUCCCGGAUCAGUCCGAUGGCUACCACAAUAUAGAUCUGGAACUGCAGACGCCCUCAUCCCUCACCUACGAGCCACCCACCCCUCUCCGAUCAGACGACUUCUUUGGAGAAUCCCACGUAGAAUCUGAAAGUAGGACACCCGUUUCUAGACCCAGUGACUUGUCCUUGAAUCAGACCCUGAGCACCUCCAGCAGCGAACCAGCCACUGUCACGCAACCACCGGAGCCCAGAGACCAUGUUAUGGUCGAGUCCAGCCUGCGUAGAGAGGUUACAGUCUCCUACGAGAGUCCGGACAACGACCGAAGAGCCGUAGAGACAAAACAAGAUGGCGGAGUCUUGAUUUUGGACAAUAAAAAGGAACGAAAAGAGGAGGAGGAAGAGGAGGAGAUGACCACGGAGCGGAUACAGAGUCUGCUGGAAGACAUUCGGCUGGAGGGAGGCUUGGAGGACGAGGAGAUGACGGAGGAGAGGGUCAAUGCAAUUCUCGAGCAAGUACGGCAAGCAGAGAGGGACAUUUCUUCAGUUUCAGGUUGGCAGGGAGCAGAGUCGUCCGGAGCAGCAGCAGCAGGACCAUACAUCGCAGGGCCCGAGGACGGGAGCCCUGAGAGUUUGGCUGAUUCUCUCGAGCAGCCGCCAGUGAAGGCCGAGAAACAAAAUGGAAGCCCUAGCAACGCCACAAGAGACGAGUCCAAGAAGAAGAAGGCAUCCAAAGAGGAGAGCAGCAAAGUCCAGGGAGGGGCCCAAGCUCCGGACUCUGACUCUGAUGACGAGGCCACCGUCACCACUCGAGUCUAUCGCAGGCGUGUCAUUCUAAAGGGAGAGGAGGCCAGAAACCUUCCCGGAGAGUCUGUGACAGAGGAGCAGUUCACAGAUGAAGACGGAAAUCUGGUCACACGAAAAGUGAUCAGAAAGGUUGUGCGCCGCCUUUUCAACUCAGAGGAGCUAAACGAGGAAGAGACAGAGGCUGAUUCUGUGCCAGACUCACAGAGGGCGCUGACACAGCCCCUUCUUCUGGAAAAGGGGGAAAGGGCAAGAAGAAGGGCAAGCGGUCACGACAGGGGCACAAAGCAGACGAGGCCCAGAGAGGCAAACCUGAGAGUGGAGACGGCGGCAGCAAAAAGCAAAGCAAGAAGGGCCACUCGUAACACUCAAGUCAAUGAACUGAUCACAGUCGUCCACCAUGCACCUGGAGGGAAACUUCUCAAACUGGAAACAUCUGCACAGGGAGCCACGUCCGACAGCACCAAAACAACACCAAUCUUCUUUCACUUUUCUAAACUUACGCAUGGGUUUACAGCAAGACGCAGCCAAGCAAGCCUCCUCUCUUCCAUUUGA